CUCGCUAAACGUCGCCGGUAUCCAUUUUACUAAGGGAAGUUUCAAUCCCAGACCACGUGUCCGCCUCCUGUGACGUCACGCGCCAGCCCCCCCCCCUCCUAGCGGAACGGCGGCGGCGCCUCCCUUAGCAAGGUGGCGGCCCGGCGGCCAACCUCGCACCUCCGCGUAGCGCGGCCCGCACCGAUGGCGAGCGCGGCGGGCAUGGCCGCGCGGGAGACUCCGGAGGCUCGGGAACCCCGAGAGGACCCCGAGGGAGGCGAGAGGGGACCCGAGAAUGGCCCACAGGGAGGUGCAGAUCCCAAUGGGAACCCCGAGGGAGGAGAGAGGGCAUCGGGAAAGGACUCCGAGCGAGAUACGGAUGCUGGUGGAGGCCCAGAGGGAGAAGGCGCGCUCCCUGACUCGGAGUCCCCGGGUGCCUCUGCUGCCCCUGCUGAGGCCGAGGGCGAGAGCGGCGGCUUCAAGAAGCCGCUGCUCCCCGCGGUUGCGCUGUCGGGGCCGCUCCCACGCAGAGCCAAGAAGCCGCCCGUGGAAGCGGUCCCCGCUGGGCCCCAGGCUCCGGGAGACGCAGCGGCGCGGAGCGACGCGGGGGAGGCGGAGCAAGUGAGCGGCCCCAGUUGCCGGGGCCCGGCCCGCGGGCCCGACAUCGGCUCCCAGCGGCAGCAGCAGCAGCAUCCCGCAGAGCCCCCGCUGGAGUACACGGAGCCGGCGUGGGGCGGCGAGGCGGACGAGGCGGCCGUGCCAUUCGGCCUGGAGGUGCUCAAGGGCGGCACCGUGGUGGGCUCUGUGCCGCUCACGGGCGCCAGCUACUUCGUGGUGGGACGGCUGGAGUCGUGUUCCGUGCGGCUGGAGCACCCCUCCGUGUCGCGCCGCCACGCCGUGCUGCAGCACCGCGCGCACGGGCAGCCCGAGCAGCGCGGACUCUACCUGUACGACCUGGGCAGCAGCCACGGCUCGUUCGUCAACAAGGCGCGCGUGGAGCCGCGCCGCUUCCACCGCGUGCGCGUGGGACACGUGCUGCGGUUUGGGGGCAGCACGCGCCUGCUGGUGCUGCAGGGCCCCAGCGAGGACGAGGAGGCGGAGGCGGAAGAGACGCCCACGGAGCUGCAGGAGCUGAAUCGGCGCCAGCGUGCGGAGCUCGAGCGGCGCAUGCUCGGGGACGAAGACGAGGAGGAUGAUCAAGACGAGGACGAAGAGAGCAAAGGCCACGCGAAGAGGGCGCGCGGAGGCAAGGCCGCUGCAGCCAAAGCCAGCGGCAGCGAGGAAUACGCUGGCUGCACGUGGGGCAUGGACAUGGAUGACGCGGACGAGGAGGAAGAGGAGAAGGAAGAGGAGGAGGAGAACCCGUUUGCUGCUGGAUUCCUAGAAGAGAAGGAGGCUUUCUACGUGAAGGACCCCAAAAAGGCCUUGAAGGGAUUCUUUGACCGUGAAGGUUUGGAGCUGGAGUACGAGUUCGACCAGCAAGCCCACGGGAGCUGGCUGUGCCGCGUCAGCCUCCCUGUGGAGGACGCGAGCGGCCACGAGGUGAUGGCUGAGGUCGUGACCACGGGGAAGAAGAAGGAUGCGGUGGUCCAGUGCGCGCUGGAGGCGUGCCGAAUGUUGGACGCCCGCGGCAUGCUGCGCCAGGAGGCCGUGAGCCGCAAGCGGAAGUCCAAGGACUGGGAGGAGGCGGAUUAUUACGACAGCGACGAUGACUCCUUCCUGGACCGCACCGGCGUGGUGGAGUACAAGCGCAGAGAGCGCAUGCGCAAGGCCGGCAGGGUGCAGGAUCGUGCCGAGACCUACGACUCCCUGGUAGCCAAGCUGGGCGAGGUGGAGCGAGAGCUGGAGGACGUGGACAGGCAGCUCAAGGUUGCCGCUGAAGCGGCGGCGCGCGAGGCGCAGGCCGAGGACUCGCUGGACGCCUACAUGAGCGAGGUGCGUGCGGGCGCCACCCUCGACAGCGCCCAGCGGAAGCGGAUGCGUGUGCGCGCCUUUGAGCUGCGCAAGGAGCAGCAGAGGCUGCGGCGACUGGCAUCCGUGGCGCGGCCCGCGGCGCUGCCCCCGCUGCUGCCCCCGCAGGGGGUGGACAGCAAGGGAGCAGCUGGGGACAAGCCCAAGAAGAUGCUGCCACUCACAGGCGCUAUGCGAGGAGGCAGCCGACUGAGGCUCAAGACGGGCGCUAUCGGGGGCCUCCCUGUGAAGCGCCCGGUGCUGCCCAGCAGCUUGUUCAACACCAAAUCCGCCGCGCCCGAGGAGGAGGAUGAGGAGGAUGAGGAGGAGGAGGAAGACGAGGAGGAGAGGGCAGGGGCGGCGGGGGCACGUUUUGCACCUGGUGGAGACAAGAGGAAGGAGGCGGGGACCCAAGGGAGACCGGCUCACAAUGAUCACCCCUCAAGCACACAGCGCGAUGGGCCCCCCAGCUCCUCCACGUCAACACAAGGUCCCCCAAGCUCCUCCAAACAGACAUACGAGCUCCCCAGCUCCUCUACAGCAACGGACGGACCCCCCAGCUCCGCCAAGCCAACUGAUAUGACCCCAAGCCACUCUAAGCAAACUUAUGAGCCCCGCAGCUCCUCCACGCUAACAGACGCGCCCUCCAGCACAGCCAAGCGGAUGCAUGGCCCCCUCGGCUUGUCCAAGCCGGCGAAUGAGCCCCCCAGCUCCACAACAUCAUCGGAUGAACCUGCCGCUACCUCUGAGAAGGCACCAACAAAGAGGAGGAAGUCAUACGGCCAUAAGAAGGGCACCGACGCAGGGACCGCCUACCCCCAAAACGACCCCGACUACCACGUGUGGGUCCCUCCUACAGGCCAGACCGGCGAUGGGCGGACUCAUCUCAACGAAAAGUUUGGCUACUAGAGGACACCAACGAUCUCUCGACAAGGCCCCCGUCCACCGACCUCCACACUCUGCCCGGGAGUCAGAAUAUUUAUCCUGGAGGAAUCUGAUGAGCUAAGAAGCUAUUUUUCACAAAUCUCCAGUAGGGGUGGGUCAGCAAGAUUCUAGGAACAUUUUCAAAAUGUGGCAUUCCCUUUUCAAAUAGUCAGGCUUUUAAGUUUAUCAUUUCAUAAUAAAUGUCUUUUCCCGUGUG